CUGACUGGUUCCACUGGUUCCACUGGUUUGGAGAGAAACAGCUGCUGCGGUUUGACUGAGCUGGAGCUCAGUAUGUCCUCAGGGUCCGGGCUGGGUGAGGGGGGUCUGGGGGAGCUGCCGAUGGAGAGCUGGAUGUCUCACCUGCCGUGCGCCCUGUGGGACACGCCCCUUUACCACCUGGCCAUCCCAGGCAGCCACAACGCAGUGACCUACUGUCUGGACAUGAACGACAGAUCCCCGGUGGACCUCACUCAACCAGACCUGCUCCAAAAGAUGGACAAAUACAUGAAGCCUCUCAUUCGGCCCUUUGUGUACAAGUGGGCCAUAACCCAGGAGUUCACCAUAAAGCAGCAGCUGGACUCCGGGGUCAGAUACUGUGACCUGAGGAUAGCACGCAGGCCCAACGACAGCUCCACGGACCUGCACUUCUACCACGGUGUCUACACCACGCUCACUGUGGAGACCGUUCUAAUGGAGAUCAGAGAAUGGCUGGACGCUCAUCCCAAAGAGGUGCUCAUCCUCUCCUUCAGCCACUUCCUGUGUCUGAGCCAGGAGCUCCACAUGCUGCUGCUCACCACCAUCCGCAACGUUUUCACCUCCAAACUCUGCCCCAAAACGGAGGUGUUAACCCUUCGUAACCUGUGGUCUUUGGGCUACAACGUGAUUGUGUCGUACGAACACAACAUCUCCAGCUGUCACGGCGACCUGUGGCCUCACAUCCCCUACUGGUGGGCCAACAAAUGCAAAGCUGAGGCGCUCAUCGAGGUGUUCGAACACAGGAAGCAGCACGGCAGACCAGGAGGCUUCUUCGUCACUGGAAUCAAUCUGACGGAGGACCUGAAGUACAUCUGCACACACCCGACCGAGUCCCUGAAGGACUUGGUGACGUCCACGUUUCCGGCGCUGCUGAGCUGGGUCAAAGAGCAGACUCCCGGCUCCGGAGUCGGCUCUCUCAACAUCAUCGCCGGGGACUUUGUCACCGAGAGCCAGUUUGUGCCGACCGUCGUUUCACUGAAUGAGAAACUACUGAAGCGGUCCUCGUGACUUUUCACCUGUUUGCGUUAUUCUACAAGAAGUGAACCACAGCAUGAGCUUGUUUUGUGACGGAAAAGAAUACUUGAACUAUUCAUUUCAAUAUUUAAAAUGCACUUAUCUGGAGGCAGUGAAAUGUAUAUUUCAGUUGUUAAAAACAGACUUUUUGGGUAUUUCGACCUGCACUGUUUACAUUGAGUUCACUAUUUAUGCAACGUACUGUAUCAGUUCUCACGAGUCAGCAGAGGUGGCCGGUUUAUGUUACGGUGACCAGCAAUAAUAAUACCACUAAUCUCACCUGGACAUUUUAGAAGAGGAAGCACAACAGUGUAUUCAAUGAGCACAUAUGAUUGUAAUGUUCAAACUUUUAUAAUAAUGCUAUGUUUCACCUAUAUACACGUAUUUAUCCUUAGAGAAUGUAGAAAAUACAUCAAACUUAUGCAAAAUGCAUGAACAUCUUAUUUGCAUGAACCGAACCGUGACUGUUUUACUUAAUAAUUUAAACUUGAGCCGACAGGUGAGGCCUUGUUUUAGAACAUUGCUGCACCGCUGUGCCUGUGGAGGUGAUGCUUUUACAUAAA